AUGCACUUCCUGUCCAAGGAUGAGGUGAAGGCACAGUCCCAGAGAAGACUGCUGAGCCACUUCCAGAGCCUGCAGCCAUCCUCUAAUAAGAACCAGAGGGAGAGUGACCUGCCACAGCUGAGCUCCCUAGCCCAGCAUGCAGAAAAACUCAUCCACGCCUUCAUCUUCUCUCGGAUCGACUACAGCAAUGUACCAUUUGGGGACCUCCUAGCCAAAUUAUUACAGAGGCGCCAACUUAUCCAGAACAGUGCUGCCAGGGUCCUGACCAGGACCAAGAAGUCAGACCACAUCACACCUAUCCUGGCCUCCACUGGCUACCGGAGAAAGCCAUUGGUGGAGAAGCAUAGAUCGUAUCAACAGCAGCCUUUCCUGGGUCCAGAGAUCCUCAAUCAGCAGCCCGACUCCAAGCUAGAGAAAGCAACCAUCCUGGAGAUGACAGUUUGCUUCCUGAAACGACAGCAACAGUACCAGCCAGUGAGCUCCUCCUCCUGUUCAGCACCUGUCAAUCAGGGUUACUCCAGAUGUGUCCAAGAGAUUGUGCACUUCCUGUCCAAGGAUGAGGUGAAGACACAGUCCCAGAGAAGACUGCUGAGCCACUUCCAGAGCCUGCAGCCAUCCUCUGAUAAGAACAGAAUGGAAAGUGACUUGCCUCAGCUCAGCUCACCAACGCAGCACAGCAUGAGCAAAGUCCAAUCAACAGCGCCCUCUGGAGGCCCUGGUAGAGUCCUACAGAAUGGAGUUCAACUCGCAGACAAUCACAAUGGACCAUGUUGGUCUAAAAUGUAUGUCAUGGACAGUAGUGAGAAUGGGAAGAUAUAUUCCUCAUAUUCUGUUUAUGCAUGA